AUGACAGAAACAUCCCGUCGUGACCUUAUUUUCCUUGUGCUUUCACCCUUCUCUCCCUCUCUUAGUUCCAAAGCAUUACGCAACUCCCACACACGCAAUAUGACCUCCGUCUCGUCCGGCGCUAAGGUCCUCCGAAUGAAGGAGAGCGACGUGCAGAAGUUGCUCGCCAUGCACUGCCACCUCGGCACGAAGAACAGCAGCAGCGCCAUGAAGAAGUACAUCCACGGGCGCACAAGCGACGGCACAAAUAUCAUUGAUAUCCACAUGACGUGGGAGAAGCUGAUCCUUGCCGCCCGUGUGAUCGCUGCGGUGGAGAACCCACAGGAUGUCACCGUCUGUUCCACACGCCUAUUCGGGCAGCGCGCCAUCUUCAAGUUUUCCCAACUCGUUGGGACAUCGUUCCUCGGUGGCCGGUUUAUUCCCGGUACAUUCACCAACCAGAUCCAGAAGAAGUUCAUGCAGCCACGCGUUCUGGUUGUCACGGAUCCCCGCACAGACCACCAGGCCCUACGUGAAGCGAGCCUUGUCAACAUCCCCGUCAUUGCUUUCUGCGACACGGACGCACCACUGGAGUUUGUUGACAUUGCCAUCCCGUGCAAUAACCGUGGACGCCAUUCUAUCAGCAUGAUGUAUUGGCUGUUAGCCCGGGAGGUGCUGAGGCUCCGUGGCACCAUCCCACGUAGUGUCCCAUGGGAAGUGAAAGUGGACCUCUUCUUCUACCGUGACCCUGAAGAGGCAUUGAAGCAAGAGGAGGCCACCGCCGCAGCUGAGGUCCAUGAAGAAGCUGACGAGGGUUAUGGAUGGGUGGAGCGCGACAACACAUGGGAGCAGUAA